UCGACAUAGAGAAGUCCCACCCACCGCCCGUAGAGCGGCCAAGACUCAGCCCGAGGGUCCUCUCUUCCUAGUGAUGGAAGCGCUCCGGGCUGCGGGACGAGCUGUGCUCCGGAGUCCCAGCCUCGCCCGCCACCGCUUGGGCGUCGCCCGCCUUCGCCGCCACCGACAAGAACUCCCUGAAUCCUGGGCUGACAUGCGUGAGCCCCUCUUGGAAGGCAUGAGUUUUGCCCUGAAGUACUUAGGCAUGACAUUGGUGGAAAAGCCCAAAGGGGAGGAUAUGGCAGCAGCUGCCAUCCACCGGAUCAUUGCCAUGGCUCGGGUGGGGCCUAAGAAGUUCCAGAAGAUGAUUCUGACUGUGUCACCCAGAGGCCUCUCUUUGCAAGAUGCUGAGACCAAGGAAACAAUUGAAACCAUCUCCAUUUACAGGAUUUCCUACUGUACCACAGACAAGCUGCAGAACAAAGUUUUUGCUUAUGUGGCACAGAACCCUCAGAGCGGUGCACUCGAAUGCCAUGCUUUCCUAUCACCGAAGAAGAAGAUUGCCCAGGCUGUGACUCUCACCGUGGCACAGGCCUUCCAAGUGGCCUUGGAUCUCUGGCAAGCAGCACAGGCAGGCUCCAGGGAGGAAGAAAAGCACCUUCCAAGGCCAAUGUGCCCCAUAGAAAGCACUUGUCAGCCAGUCAGGACACCUCUGGGCAGCCCCCCGUUCAAAACAGACUUUGAGGAUGAAGAUGAUGAGGAAGGAGAUCUUAAUGAAGCCUUCUCUGGGUAGGCAUUUGAUGCCUAUGUCAGGUUCAGGCCUGGGAGGCCAGAGCCCCGGGUGUCUCAAGGCUGGGAAAUACUUGGCUGGAGUCCCCCGUGGCUGCAAGACUAAUUGACUAAGUAGCCUGGCAGGUGUGUGGGUGGAUAGGGGUAGGUUAGACUUGCCUUGUCUUGCUGCUGUAAUGUGUCUUUGCUUUCUACUUCAAAGCUGCAUGGAGGAGGGGGACUGCCCCACCACAGGUAAUAAACUCGCUGUCUAACUUUGCCAUCACCAUGUUCACUUUUCCAGGUUUACCUCGUAAAAAAAGUGGGAGUAUGGAAGCCUGCUAACGUUUCUGUUUUGUCCUGUCCACAGUGUCCACGGUUAGCCUCCUUUCUUGAUUGUGGUGGGAGAGCAGUACUGUAAUCCAAAAUUUUCCAAAGCUUGUUUUUCCUUGUAUUUCUCACUAUAUGCCCCAACUGGAAGAAGGCACCUCUCACCUCAGUGGUUUUACUGAUAACUUUGUAUUUCAGAUGCAGGGAGCCUUACCUUUGGGAGCUCCCCAGACACACAACUCCACUCAGUGGCAGCCUGGGGAUGCAGUCCUCCCAGCAAUUGCCUGCCUCCAGGGACACUUUUCUAAAUCUCCUGUGGCUGUCAUCACUAUUCAUCUCCAGCACCACUUUGUUAUCUGCAGUGCAUAAAGAAUGGGCUGACUUCCUUCUCUCCAGCCAUAGGCCCCCUUGCCUUUAAUUACUGUGUGUUGUUCAGAACUUCAAGUCAAUACCUCCUAGAAGCAUCAAGGUGCCCAAUAGUUCUCCAGGCACUUCAUUGGUUCUACUCCAAAAACUAUAUUCUGCAGGGAUGCCAGAACCCCUGUGCUCGGUAAAGGCAAUAGAUACUUUUUUUAUACUAGGGCAUUGCCCUGAAUACAGAGGUAGGUGCUAUGUAGCAAAAGCAAUCAGACUUGUAAUCAGUUUCUUGCCCCACUGAAUGGGGGUGGGGGGGCCUUGUGGAGGUAGAAAAGUUCUGGCUUCUGUUUUACUUGAGAGGGUGAUCCCCCGCCCCCAAUCACUCAUCACUGCCAAAUCACAGCUUUGUAGCAAAAGACUAAUUUUUAAUG